CAUGUGUAGUGGACGCGCUGCUAGAUCAUCUUCUUUAUUCGAUCACGUAAUAGACACGCACAAGUCGGGCAGCAGCUCAGCUGUCAGAGCUGUCUUCAAUCAACAAACCCGGAAUAACGCGAAACACACAUUAAACUCCAUAUUUCACUUCAUUUGUCGCAUCUCCUGUUAUGGAGCAAGCAAAGCAAGAGGCAUUUGAUCAAGCCAGGCUGCAAGUGAUCAAAGAUGGCUACGGAAAGGCAUUUGAGUGCAUCAAUAAAGGCCUGACCGAGGACGAGGCGGGCCAUGGCGCAGAGGCACUAAAACUGUACCGGCAAGGACGGCAGCAUCUCCUCAGGGCUCUUAGUGUGCCUUCGCAGGGCAUAGAGUGCGUGGGUCCAUCCUGGGAAACGGCUAGGCAGAUGCAGCACAAGAUGCAAGAGACCCUCAACAACAUCACCACCCGUCUAGCCAUGCUGGAGACCCUCCCAGAUCCCAACGGAGUCCCAGAUAGCAACGCAGCUCCUCAGAAACUCUACCCUGAAGUCCCAAAGGUCAAGCCGGAGAGGUCGACUCCACCACAGAUGCUCCCUUCCAACGUCGGGGUUGCAGGGGCUUCAGGUGGAUCAGUUCCAGUCUCACCAACAAUGCAACCCAAUUUGAUAAGCGAACAGCCCCCUGCAUACAGCCCCCAGGCCGCUGACGGACACCUGACAAUUUCCUACGGCACCGACUCUGGCGAGCUCUCUUUGGUAGGCGAUGACUUCUACAGCCAUACGUCUAAUUCUACACCUUCUCUUCAGAGUUUGGGGGAGGAUGGGGAGGAACUCUUUUUCCUUCCUCAAGGAGUGCAGAUCUUCUUCGUUACCCCUGAUGGGCAAGUGAGCGCUCCCUCUUACCCAGGGUACCUACGCAUCGUAAAGUUCACCAAUGAGUGCUCAGAGAGGGUUCCAAACAGGCCACCUGCCUUCCUACAGGUUUGUGACUGGCUUUACCCCUUGAUGGCCUCUGACUCCCCAGUCCUGCUGUGCAACACCGGGGUCUACAUGUUCCCUGACAUGAUGGCUCCCAUCCCGGGCUCGUAUGUCGGGGUGGUCCUUUCUUCCGAGCUUCCCCAGAAGGAACGUGAACUCUUCCAGAAUGUUCUUUCUCAGUUGACCGACCUGCGUGUCCAGGUGAGCUGUCCCUGUGUCCCCUCAGGUCCCACCUCAGAAACACAGGGGUCAGCUGUGGCUUCAGAGCAGGCAUCAGAUGGCGCAACCGAUACCAUUAACCUGGGUCAGAAGGUGCCGAUGGGGCCUCCUGCAGCUGAAGCAGAGCCCCCUGCUGGUGAGGAGGACAAGGUACUUCCUGAAUGGAGCGAGAAGGUGGCUCAGGGGAUCCUGACUGGGGCUUCAUGGCUGAGCUGGGGUUUGGUGAAGGGGGCGGAGUACACAGGGAAAGCCAUACAUAAAGGUGCGUCCAAACUACGAGAACACAUCACUCCAGAGGACAAACCAACCCAAGUCAGCCCCACGGUAACCAAAAGCCUCCAUGUGGCCAAACAGGCCACAGGAGGAGCUGUAAAAGUCAGCCAGUUUCUUGUGGAUGGACUGUGCACUGUCGCUGGACAUGUUGGCCGAGAGCUGGCACCUCAUGUGAAGAAACAUGGAGGGAAGCUAAUCCCAGAGUCUCUGAAGAAAGACAGGGAUGGACGCUCUAAUAUUGACGGUGCCAUGGUGGUUGCAGCAAGUGGAGUUCAAGGAUUUGCAACAAUGUGGACGGGGUUGGAGGUUGCGGCAAAGAACAUUGCAAAGAGUGUUGCUGCAGAGACUGUUACCACGGUAAAACAUAAAUUUAGGGGUCUGGAGAACAUUUCAGACACCCCAAAUGAAAACAAGUAGAAACAUUUUUCCCUGCACCCCAUAAAAUGGCCUUAAUUAAUGGUCAGGAGCAUGGCUGAAGCUUAUGAAUGUUUCUGAAUUAGUCAGCACUUGCACGCAAUGCUAAUGAUUUAUUGGAGAUAAUGAUUACAUUACGUCCGUUGGCAUCCUGCGUUGCUUUGUACACUGAUCCAGCUCAGUGAUGGAAUGAAUAUCUUUUUCUAACAGCCAAAGUAAUUCAUCUCAUUGUCUUUAUUGCUUUAUUUUUCUUAACUUUUGAACCUGAGUGUGACUUUCAUGAUGAUGUUGCAUCAACAGAAGGUUUUACCAGGUUUUAUCGGAUGGCAAACAUAAUCAUCUUACAAACAUAAUCACAAUUUGACCAAGAUGUACAUAUACAUAUAUACACUACUGUUUAAAGUUUAUGGUCAGUAAGUUUUUCUUUAUUCAGCAAGAAUGCAUUAAAUUGAUCAAAAGUGACAGUAAAGACAUUUAUAAUGUUACAACAGAUUUCUAAUUCAAAUAAAUGCUGAUUUUUUUUUUUUUUUUUUUUUUAACAAUUAAUCAAAGAAUCCUGAAAAAAAAAGUAUCACGGUAUCCACAAAAAUAUUAACUGUUUUUAACAUUGAUAAUAAUAAUAAUAAAUCUUUCUUGAGCACCAAAUUUCUGAAGGAUCAUGUGACAGUGAAGACUGGAGUAAUGGCUGCUGAACAUUCCAUCACAGGAAUAAAUUCCAUUUUAAAACUUAUUAUUAUAGUAAAAAUUGCAAUAUUAUUUCACAAUAUUACUCUAUUUUUAUUCAAAUAAACACGGCUUUGGUGAGCAUACAGAAAGAAACAUUUUUUAAAAACAUUAAAUCUUACUGACCUCAAACGUUUGAACUGUGUAAAUCCUCUUAUACUGUACUCUGUACAAUAAUAAAGAUAGUUCAAGAUUUAAAGCUGAAAUCCUUUCAAUAGUUAUCCAAUAUUUAAAAGUGGGAAAUAAUGGUGUUAACUAUAAUGGUGAUAUAGCUCAUAUAAGAUAAUGUUGUUUUGUUUUUUUAAUCAAAAAACAUAUAUUUUUUUACUACCAUCCUUCCCUUUCUAACUGCGUUUAAAAGUAUUGGCCAUUUUCAGUUCGACUUUUGCACUUUUUUUUUUUAAUGGCAUCUGUAGGAUUAAUUUUACAUUUUUAAAUAAGAUUUUUCUCUCGAGAAAUGACUGAAUCCCUGCAUGUAUGUUUAACUGCUUUGCUCUCCUUUGAGUAAUCUCCAUCUCCUAAAACGUAUUUUUCAAUCACCUCUUUCAUCACCCCGUCCUCUCUUUUACUCAAUCUGGGUUAUCUAUAAUCAAGGUAUGGGGCGGAAGCGGGCCAGGCCACAGACCAUGCUGUCAACUCAGCCAUCAAUGUGGGCGUCACCGCUUUCAAUAUCGACAACCUGGGGAUCAAGGCAAUGGUCAAGAAGACUGGCAAAGAGACUGCCCAUGCCAUCCUGGCAGACUAUCAAGUCCAAGAGCCGGACGGUCAAGUUAAGAAACAUGAAGACCAAAAGUAGAGUUUGAGAUUCAAACCUCUCAUUUCAGGUGUCCAUUUUUAAGAGCAAACCAAAGGUCCUGUUUUAAAAAAAAGACUGAAGAAGAAGUGAAUGGAUCCUUGUCCGAUGAAUGCGUUUGUUGUUAUUUGUUUGUGACUGACACUGAAUUCCGAAAACCUCAUUACAGUAAAUACAGUUAAUUGUGCUGUCAUGUUUACUAUUUACACUGGUUAAACUGUAAAUGCACGUUAAAAAUUCCCUUUACAAGUUGACUGACUGCCCUGCCUGCCGGACAAUAUUCCUGAUCAUGCCUUACACUUCACCAGCAAUGUAAACUCAACAUAUCACCAAUGAACUCACAGAUCCAUUGUUUAGUUGGAUCAUAUUAAAACGUCAGUAGUUUUGCGUGGUAUGUGUCUUCUAAAUGGACCCUUAAAACAAAGUGCAAGCCAAAGGUGGAAUUUAUUUUUUUCCCAUAGAGCCUUAACAAAUAUUAUAUUCUUGUAUUUAAAAAGAAAUCUAUAUCUAAGCUUUAAUAUAUAUGCUGAGAAUGCUUUGUGGUAGUUGUUUUUUAAUCUGCAGACCUGUUUGCUCUUGGUAAUUUCAGGGUUUUUUUAUGUUUUAAAAUAUUAAAAAGCACUUUAAACCAUGCUAGGAACAGACAUGAACAUUUCUUGAGGAUGAUGGGUGCUCGGUAUUAUUGUGAAUAAUAAGUGCAAAAAAAAAAAAAAAUAAUAAUAAUAAUAAUAAUUGCACAUGGAGUUGGAUUAAGAUGCCGGAUAUGAGAAAUCAGCUUAAUUAAAAGCCAGAGAAAUCAGACUUUAUGGGAAAUGUUUAAAAUCUUUAAAGUUUAAAGUAUGUAUUUUAAUACUAUUUUAAAUUAAAGAGACAUAUAUUUAAUUUAAACUGUAAAUGCCAUAUAUAUGAAGUUCUCACACUGAAGAUACUGACCACUCAUAAAACAUCUCUAUGCAGUUGUUGUUUUUUCUUUUAAAACAAUGGCUGCACUUUUUCCUUUAAAAAAAAAAACUGACUAUAGAUAAAGAUAUAAAUAUUACUUUGAUCUGUUAUUAUAACAUCUCACUGUAAGCAUUAACAAACUUGUUCAUUCUAUGUGUGUCUUUACAAAAUGUCUCAUUUCAAUGUACUGACAGUAUAAACAGUUUAAAGUUUAACCACAAGUGUAGGUUUGCUCAAUGACAGAAUCUAAUAGCCUAUCUGACAUAAUAAAUUAAACAUUUAAAACAUA